UACUAAUAAAUGAGCGACAGUGGGUAGGCUAAUAGGACGUCUGUUGUCUGAAUUUUACGUAAGCGGGCUUUUUGCGUAAUUUUGCACCGGGUGUUGGAUGCCGUGUGAACCGGGAUUAAUUUAUUUGGUGAGGAUUUCUCCAGUGUUCCCUCCUCUCUGCAUCCGUUUGUUGUCCUCACACCAGACAGACAGGCUCACUGAAGGGACUAGCCUAUUUGUAUGCUGCAAAACUGUAAACAGACGAGGAGCUAUUUUAAUGAAAGAGAUUGCUGCAUCCCGGCUGAAGCCUUCCAUUAAAAAUGCCUGGGAAUCCUCCAGCUGCUGUUCCAUGCUGUUUUCUGAGAACGGGAUCAUAGUGAAUUUCUCUUGGAAUUAGAUCAACUCCCAGCAUGUUGCAGCCCCCCAGCAGAACAGGUCAUUGCCUGUUGGAAACAUUACCUCAUCUGAGAAACCGUUUGAGAUGGGCUCUCUUCCUGGCCGCCUGCAUGGCUCUUCUCGGGCUUCCAGGGGCGGCGGGGUCUGCACUAAACUGCCACAAGACCUGCAUCUGCGCCUCAAACAUAGUGAGCUGCUCCAAGAUGAAUUUAACCACAGUCCCCACAAGCUUACCACUCUACACUGCUGUGCUGGAUCUCAGUUAUAAUGACAUAACUGGGCUGCGAGCAGAGUGGACCCCGAUCAAGCUGGCGAAGCUCCAUAACCUCCUGCUCAGCCACAAUGGUCUCCACUUCCUCUCUUCGGAAGCUUUCACAAACGUCAAACAGCUUCGUUACUUGGACCUGUCCUCCAAUAGCUUGCGGCAGCUUGAUGAGUUUAUCUUUGAGCCUCUGGUCAACCUGGAGGUCCUCUUGCUCUACAAUAACCACAUUUCCCAGAUUGAUCGCUCAGCGUUUGUCGGAAUGCUCAACCUUCAGAAGCUCUACCUGAGCCAGAACCAAAUCUCCCGCUUCCCCCUGGAGCUGGUCAAAGACAAGUCCCGCCUGGAGAAACUCAGCCUUCUGGACGUGUCCUCCAACAAGCUCAAGAUCUUACCUAUCGAUGAGCUCCAGGUGCUGCCUGCUUGGAUUAAAAAUGGCCUCUACUUCCACAACAAUCCUCUGCUGUGUACCUGUGAUCUCUACAGCCUCCUGGCCCACUGGCACAUUCGUAAGCUCAACUCCGCUGUGGACUUUAAGGAUGACUACAAAUGUGUCCUGCCUGGGCCCCAAAAAACCCAAGUGGGUGUUUUUGGUCUUAACGGUGACUAUAUGAACUGCAGCACAUUCAAAGAGGCAGACAAAGAGGCAUUUCUGGAGCAGACACUGAUCCUUGGCUGUGAUACUAAACGCAGGGACAUGUUAAAGACCUGGGUGAUGCCUGGCAAUGUGGUGGUGACGGCUGAAAGCAACCAGACAGCCAAGGUCUUGACAGAUGGGAGUCUAAAGAUCGAUUCAGUCAGGCCCGAGGACUCUGGGACCUACACUUGCUUUGCAGUGAGUGAAGCCCUGAAUGAGACUAUCUAUGUGGUGCUGAAGGUUCACAACUUCACCAUGCACGGGAGCGGGGAGACCCUGAACACAGCGUACACCACGCUGGUGGGCUGCCUGGCCAGCGUGGUGUUGGUGCUCAUCUACCUUUACCUGACACCGUGUCGCUGCUUCUGCUGCCCGAACAAAGGUAAGAACCGGGGCGAGGACAGCAUCCACUCCUCCAUGCUCAGCGUGACACCCACCCAUGAGGACCCAGCGCUCAAGGCUGAGCUGAACAGGCACGUGGCGUUCAUAGACUCCAAGGACCUGCAGGGGCAGAAUGGCAAGCUGAACCCCAAUGGGGAUGAGGAUGAUGACGAUCUGGAUGAGGAGGCCGGCUCACUGGGGAAGGGAAAGAGGAAGAAGUCUGUAGCAGAGUCCAUCAGUUCUGUCUUCUCAGACACUCCCAUGGUGGUCUGAGGUACAGCGGCGUGGGCAAAACAGAUGGAUGUGUAUGGUACAAUGUCAGCCAUGUUCUUUCUAGUUAACCUAAACUGUGACUGUGACCUUGCAGGAGAGAACAGAGGAAGAAUGUUCAUCUAUAGUCACGGAGAAGUGGGAGUAAGGCUCUCAAAGGGAGUAAUAAACAAACUGGCUUGUUGUCAACAAGAACAAUAAGCAGGACUUUUCCAGCAUUUUAAUCUGUAGCACUUAAAUAUUCAUACUGUGAAAGGAUGGCAGAGUACAUGGACAGUGGAAACUAGUCUUACAGGAGUAAAAGGUAGAGGCAGUGUCGCUGGAUAUCACUACUCAGGAAGUGAUACAUAGCUUGCUAAAGCGGGGGAAAUACGAUACAAUGCACAUUUAGAUUUGAAAUUAGAUUCUAAAAAGAGAAAAGUUCACACAUACGGUGUAUUCAAACCAUGAGCAUGAGCCUCGCUGACUCAUAAUUAUAUUUAUUACAAAGACUAGACUAGAGUCUUAUGUAAACAUUAGAGCAUAAGUACAUUCACCCCUCCUCUCUCGACACAUGGACAGAGAGUUAGACGGACUGAUAUCAGCAGGUUAUGAAUAUUCGUCAUUACCCUUGAGUCAUCCAUAGAGAAGCAGCAUGCCCCAAUCUAACAUUAUAUAUGAUCCCAAACUAAGAGGACCUUUGCGAGUGGGAUGAAGUAAACAUGUAUCUCAACUCCCAUUAAAUAUUUAGUUUUUUAUACUGAGAUAGCGAUAGGACAAACAGUAUAUUAAAACACCAUUGCAGGUCACCUUUAUCCUGCUUCAUUGCUUACACUUACUCCGACUUGCAUUUAGUUAGAUGUAUUUCAUGACAUUGCUCCUUGUAAUUACUCAUAUUCAUAAUGUCUAUAAUGAUAGGCGAGUUCUAUUUUUUUCCUUUGCUAUGUUAAGGGAUCAAUUUAAAUUGAUGUAUGGCAUUAUAUAGCUAACCUACACGAGGCAGACCAUUGUUUAUAAUGAAUUAUGUAUCAAAAGGGUUGCCUGAUAGUUAUUGCACAUCUACAUUAUAAUUCAAAAGAUGCAUUUAAAGCCUUACACACGAUAUGAAACAUGGAAUGCAUCCAGGGGAUACACAGUAGUUGCAGGGAAGUAUUUAAUUUUGAUUAAUUGUCAACAUAUUGUCUAAAGUGUAUACAGAGAGGUACCAUAGCGGUGGUUUUUGGCUUCUGUUUGUUGUCCACUGAGGUUGCACACACUGCAGAGCUUGACUCCUCCUCUUGGCCAAACCACAGCAUUUGUUUUUCUUCAUCAUAUUACCAGGAAGUUAAAUAUCAAGCCAUCUUAAGACUUGCAGAUUUAUUUAUCUUGCUGUGUGUAAAAUGCUUUCCUUACACAAAUACAUGAUACAUUUAAACGUACUGUACAUUGUUAAAAAAAAAUGUCUUUGUACGAAUCAUGAAAUAUACACCAUGUAAUCAAUUUAAGUAUGUGACCCAUUUGCAUUUUGCUCUUAGGAAAAAAUCCUCAUGUAACUGAUUUAAGAUAUAGCCAUCUUGCCCUAUGUUAGUUUGCAUGUGAUGUAAAUGAUACCAGCAGGUAAACAGAGUCUGCCAUAUUACAUAACCACCUGGGGUUCUUUCAAAAAGACGAUGCCUGUGAAUAAUAUUUAUGAGGUGAUACAUUAUUUUAAGCGGAUUUUAAAUUUGUCAGCUAAUAGCAGGAAAGCCGUGUGUGCCACAGGGGGAAUCAGUGAUUGUUUCCUUAUGAAGCUUUUACCAAUAGAAUUUAUCAUUAAAUACCCAUUCCAGCUACUUUUACCUACUCUUAACUGAAUUCCCCGUGCGAAUGUAUGCACACACCGCAUGCCCUGUGCAUAUUGAAUUAACUGUGUUUGAAGCAGGCGACUGCAUAAACAACAACAAAAAGGAGUGAUUUCAUUAUGCUGUGUGGGUUUCAUUUCAUGACACAGGAAGGUUAGCCAUGACUAAAUGCUAAUUUCAUCUUUUGAUGGAAAGAGGCCUCUUUCUGCCUUCCUUUUAUUUGUUUGCCUGAGCAGGAGGGGAUAGGUGUGUUAUCAUGACUCACAGCAACACAAAGCCAUCCGCACUGGCUCCCCGUGCAUCGACGGCCUCAAUUCAACCGGGAUAUGUUUGUGUAUCUCUGUCAUUACGAGGCUGCCCUCACUUAAAUUCACGAGCAAUCAUUCAACCAGGAAAUGAACAUGAUGCCCUUUAAGUAGUCUCUAAUUUGUUUAUGAGGGAGAUGCCUCUAGCUCUCAAAGAACAUUUGCUUUUGCUUUCCUAUUGAGUCAUCUGGACAGAGCGUGUGCUUUACCAUGAGCUUUGCCAUUCCAACAAUACUUCCGUCAAAGUGAGGGGUCUGGUAGUUGAAGGAAAAGCACAUGCACUCUAACCUUUCCAUUUAAUGUCAUUAGCUUGGCUCUUAAAUGCUAUUAUGCACACAAAAUGGGUGCAUCAGGUUCUAAAUGUAAAAUUACGACAUUCUCCGGGACCGAUGGAGUGCACACAGCGGUUGUGUGCUCUGCAGCUUCUCCUGUGUGGGAGAGAAAAGGAAGUCACACUUAUCAGAGGGGUGGUGUGUGAAUCACUGCACUCUCUCACACUUUGUAAUAUAAGGUAGAGAAAAUGCAGAGCACCGAAAAUACUAGAGGACACAAUUCAACAAAGCUAUUAUAAAGUUAGUUAUUAUUAAUGAUUGCAGCUGGCCAAGAAUCUGCCCCAUCUCCUAGACUGUCAGUCGGAAACGUUGGAAUACUGAAAACCAUGUUAAAGCAAAUCUCGGGAAGAGAUUUUAGGUCUUAAUGCAGCACGCCUCUAAUAGAUCCCCAAGGAAUAGCAUGUGUUUGCCAUGUACUAACCCAAAGUCCAUCAAAGGAGUAACCGCUGUGGAUAAUAGGUGGCUAAUUCUCCUCUGUUGAGAGAAAUACUAAGUGCUAUUGUGAGGGUCCUGACAUAGUGGAGAAGAGUGGCUUUGUACUCUCCAAAGCAAAUCUGCCUUCCUAUAUAUAUCUAUAUAUAUGUAUUAAGACUCACUUUUCUGUGUUCAGUAUUGAUAAGUUGUGUACUGCUAUGUUCUACCAAUGUACUGAUGGUAUUCUUGUGUAAUCCAAUGUUGUUGAUCAUUUUGCAUUUUGUCUGCUGCCGUGCUACUGUCAGUUGUUUUCAGUGUUAACCCCCCAGUCUUGAUAUCAAUGUGGAUUUUCUAAGUAGGGGAGAUGGGUUGUUUUUCUUUUUUUAUUUCAAGAGGAUGUAUUUUACAUUUUGACUCAGCUGUAGAUGAUGGUUAAACAGAAAAAAAAUAUUGAAUAUAUAUCAAAGACUGCCUUAGAAGAGUAUGUAAUUUUAUUCCCAGUUUCAUAUCAAAGUCAUCGGACAUCAAUACAUCCUUUGGGACAGUGCGUAUGUAGCCACCGGUGAUUUUCAGUCAGCACUUGACUUUGCCCGUAAAGCCAUAACGAAAGCAAGAUAAGGAGACGGCACGGUGCAACACCAGAUUGGAGGCUGUGGCUGGUGAUUUCCAGGUGACUCACCAGUGGUUUAUUCUGGUGGUGCUGAACAGGUUGCCUGCUCAGGAUGAGGAGGAGUUGUACGGUACAAGUCCUCAACACUUAAUGGCCAUUAAAGGAACAACUAUUCUGUAGAAAUAUUUUUAUCUCUAAAAAGUCAGGAUUUAGAAAAAAUGAUAGAAGAUUUCUUAAACAACACAAUGGAUUUUUUUGAAUAGGUCUCAGGGGCCUAGAAAUAAGAAAUAUACUCAGGACUAUGUAAAAUUUUAAUUUCAGUACAAUUUGUUUCUUGACAUUUAAAUAUAAAACAUGAUUGGACUUUCACACAGCAGCAUCAGUAAUAUAAAAACGACUUCUAAAUUGUGUGCAAAACACAAGGCCUUUGCUACAUAGGAUUUAAAUGUUUCAUGUUUAAUACUGGCACACUAUUUCCUCAGUCUCACAAGGAUUAUCCUCUCGACAGUAGACAAAGAUUAUGGAAAAGCGUGCUCAAAAUAUGUAGUAGCAAGUGUUGAAGGUCUUGCAUUUUGCAGCAUUAUGCUGUGAAAUCCUCCAGACUCAGUACAUCGUAGCAGGUAUGGAGGCUUUCACAGCCUAAUAGCUGUGAGUUUAUAGAGCAAGUCAGCUUGUUCCUGCCAUAGAGUGAAAAAGGUCUUGCAAUUAGAGUUGAAUGGCUUGCAUGGUAUACUUAAGAGCUUCUCUGACUGCAGGAUAUUUGCAACCUAAUAGGUGAUACUAUAGAGAAUACUAUGAUAUAUAAUUUGAUUUAAUAAAACAUAAGACGUGUUUUACA